AUGUUUACAUUCCUUUUCUCACUUGGCAUUUCACACAAAUGCAUUCAUGAUGAGAAAUAUGGCUCAUUUCUACAACAGCACCUUUCCAGACGCACGUUAGCUGUAAAAAAUCGUGAUUUAAAAGACGAAGAUUGGAAACCAAUACGCAUAAAAUUCAUUACCGACUGGCUUGACGGCACCAAAGAUGACCAAUACAUGUGCAAAGAAGUUGGACAGAAUGUUACAUUAGGAAGAUACACAUACACUUGCACAUCGGCGGAUUUAUUAACUCCAGCGAAGAUUGAAGUUAUCAAAGGAACAUUGGUGAACCUACAAUCAUUUUUGAGCAGGUUAAUUAAAGUGGUUCCAAGAACAGAACCGGUUAAAAUGCAAUACAACAGAGAAAAUGAUUUUAAUUCAGGCGGAGAAGUUACCACAGAAAACGUUGAUAUGGCCGUUUUUGUUACUGGAAGAACGUUUGGAACACAAUUAACCCUUGCAUCUGCAGUUGGCUGGAUCCCUGACGAUUAUAAUAGACCAACAGCAGGAUACAUCGAUAUUAACGUCAGGAAGCUUCCAAAACAGCCUGCAAGUGAAAAUGAUUGGAACAAUGAGUUCUUUUAUACAUUGGUUCAUGAAAUGUUCCAUGCAUUUGGCAUUUCAAGGAACCACUUCAACAAUUUCCACCCAUACAAUACAAAUGCUCCCCAUUCUCAGAUCUUUUGUGAGCUUACAAAAUAUGGCAAGAAUUUUAAAUUCAUGGUUACUCCUUAUGCUCAUAUUUUUGCUAAGAAACGUUUUGGUGACGAUAAAUUCGUAGGUGAUGAUGGCAGAGAAUGUCCCUCUGGUAUUGAAAUUGAAGAUGGAGGCUCAGCUGCCGGAAGUCAUAUUGAAUUUAGAUCUUAUUUAUCGGAACUCAUGGUUGGAACAACAAUUUCACAGAAUUCUGGUCCAUUAUCGAGAUUAACCGAUGCUUCCCUGGCUUUACUUAUGGAUUCAGGAAAUUACAAAGUUGAUUGGCUAUUGGGCCAACCACUUGUUUGGGGCAACCAAGAAUCUGUUGAUGGCAAACCAAUUCCCAACUUCGCAAUUGGUCCUCCACAACUUACUUAUCCAAAGGGAUAUGUUUAUAUCAGUUACAAUUACCCAAGUUUCGAUUAUAAGUUCUGGGGAGGAACUGCACGAACAUUCAAAGAUUCAGAAAUUACUCCUGCAGACUGUGCUCCAAAUUACAUUUUUAGUACAUAUUGUGGCGAAGCACGUUACAAGUUCUAUAAUCCAAAGAAGUGGUCUGUUUAUGAAAGCGAAGUAUUUGAUUUCAUGGCUUUUGUUUUGCCAAUGUAUACAUGUCCAAAGAAUAAAGCUCUUUUCCCUGGCGAGUCUGAUUAUGGAAAUACAGGAUGCCGAAAUUAUACUUGCGAUUGGUAUGAUAAAUAUGAUGUUCCUUUCUCAAACACAACUGUAACAUGCACAAAGGAAACAAUAGGUCAAAAAUUCACAUAUUGGGAAUCAAACGUAAAGAAGACAAUUACAUGUUUAGAUCCAGAACGAUUCUGCCGAACUAUGGCUCUUUAUGACAUGCAUUUCACUAAAGAUCCAUUUGAUCCAAACACAAAACAACUUCCACAGAAAGAAGAUCCAAUUCAAAAUCCAGAUGGAACUAGUCCAGAUGGAAACAGUACAAAUUCAUCUACUCCAGCAGAAACAGAUGAAAAUCCAGAUGAUCAAAAAGAUAAAGAUGCAAAGAAGAAGAAAAUGAUCAUCAUUGGUGCCGCCGCCGCAGGAGCUGUUGUUUUAAUCAUUAUCAUUGUUGUUGCCGUUGUUGUCUCUAAGAAAGGCUGCAACAAAGGAGAAGAACAUUCUCCCGACAUUGAUGAAAUGAUAGUUUAA